AUACGUUUAACACGAGGAAAUGGAAUUCAAACAGCCGUUUAUUGUCAUUGUUGACCGAAAGUUGUCGAGUUUCUGAGUCAAAAUGUGCAGAGCCGUGUUUCUCCUUGCUCUCACCGUGUUAGUGUGCCCAGCUGCGGAGGCGUUGGACAAUGGGCUGGCGCUGAAACCCACCAUGGGCUGGCUGCACUGGGAGAGAUUCAUGUGCAAUACCGACUGUGACAAAGACCCCAAUAACUGCAUCAGUGAGCGCCUGUACAUGCAGAUGGCAGAUGUGAUGGUGAAGGAGGGAUGGAAAGAGGCUGGUUACGAGUACGUCUGCAUCGAUGACUGCUGGCCCUCCCACCAGCGGGAUGCCAAGGGCUGCCUGCAGGCAGACCCCAAGAGAUUCCCUGGGGGCAUCAAGAAACUGGCCGACUAUGUUCAUUCUAAAGGUUUGAAGCUGGGUAUCUAUGCAGAUGUUGGGAAGAAUACCUGUGCUGGAUACCCUGGCAGUUUGGGGUACUAUGAGACCGACGCUCAGACUUUUGCCGACUGGGAUGUGGAUCUGCUCAAAUUUGACGGAUGCUACAUGGACUGGAAGUUGCUGGGAGAAGGCUACAUGAACAUGUCAAGAGCACUGAACAAAACAGGAAGAAGCAUCCUCUACUCCUGUGAGUGGCCUUUGUAUGAGUGGCCUUACAAACAGCCUGACUACAAAGCCAUCCGUGAGACGUGUAACCACUGGCGCAACUUUGCUGACGUGUACGACUCAUGGAGCUCCAUCAAGUCCAUCUUGGACUGGACUGCUUCUCAUCAGGAUAUCAUCGUCCCCUCGGCCGGGCCCGGGGGCUGGAACGACCCCGAUAUGCUCGUGAUUGGGAACUUUGGCCUCAGUCAUGACCAGCAGGAGUCUCAGAUGGCAUUAUGGGCCAUCAUGGCCGCCCCUCUGCUCGUGUCUAAUGAUCUGAGGGACAUCUGCCCUCGCUCCAAGAAGCUUCUUCAGAACACAGACAUCAUCGCCAUCAGCCAGGACCCGCUGGGCAAGCAAGGACUAUGCACUAUCAAGGUGGACAGUUUCGAGGUGUGGGAGAGGCCUCUGUCCAAGAAGCGGCUGGCCAUCGCUGUGCUGAACACUCAGGAGAUCGGCGGUCCUCGGGGGUUUUUCAUCAGAGCGGCUCCUGGCUGGAAGAUCUGUGACCCCCAGUGUAACGUCACACAGAUCCUCCCUCAGUACAAGGACCUGGGUGUUCAGACGCCACAUACCAAAUUGGUUGUAUCCGUUAACCCCUCAGGCACCACUCUACUGUCUGUCACUCCCACCAGCGACUAGGCUGGACUUAUCCUGUAAACCUGGUGUUUAUGCACUUCAUCUGCUUUCACUUGAUUGUCUGGGGUAAAAAUCUGUUCAUCGUUUGAGUAUUUUUGUAAUAAAGAUUGAAGUCUACAUUU